CGAGCAAAUUUAACCAAAUUGUUGCGAGGUUGGCUGUGGGUUGGGUGCGAGCCGCCGUCCGCGCUUCUGGCGUCGAGAUAUUGUGUGAGAGGGGCUGUUCGCGGUGAGAAAAGAGACCUCGUGACAAGUGAUCUGGAUUAGUACAGCCCAGGCAACUCAAAAUGUCGUCGGAAGGCGGUGGAAUGUGGAACGCGUUGUUGGAUGAGUUCAAGAGUCCCGUAAACCUCCUGCUCAUCUCCGCGUGCCUUUACAUCAUGUACAAAAUGUGGGUGAGGCACAAAGAGGAGAACGCGCCGCCGCCGCCCCGGGAGCCCGAGCUCCCUCCUCUGAAGAAGCAGGACUUCACGCUGGAGCAGCUCAAAUUCUACUGCGGCGACGAGCGCUGUGACGGCAGGGUCCUGGUGGCCGUCAAUUACAAAGUCUUCGACGUCACCAAGGGAAAGAGGUUCUACGGACCCGGCGGGCCGUACGCGGCGUUCGCCGGCAAGGACGCCUCGCGUGGCCUGGCCACAUUCUCGGUGGAGGGCGGCGAUAACCACGACGAUCUCAGCGACCUGACGCCCAUGCAGAUGGAGUCGGUCAGGGAGUGGGAGGCACAGUUCACAGAUCGCUACGUGUACGUCGGCAAGCUGCUGAAGCCGGGCGAGAAAGGCCACCGAGUACACGGACGACGAGCACGACGAAGCGCCGCCGCCCGCCGACAAGAAGCACGACUGAGCCCCGGCCCGUCACCCAGUCGCCCUCGGCCGCCGCCGCCGCGCCGCCCGCCCCAUGGCCGACGCGGGGUUUUAAUGCAUCGGCAUUUUCACUAAUACGCUGUGACUUGAUGUGGCAUUGGCGUGGUGCACCGUGCCGGCCUGUCCAGCGCUGUCCGGGCCGGAUGACGGCUGCGCUCUGCUGUGUCCGUGCCGUGUCCACUGAGCGCUGUCCGACCGCCCUGGUGUCCGCGCUCGCUGGGUCGUGUCCGUGUCCGACCGCCGUGGUGUUCGCGGCCA